CAAUAAUGAAGUUUCCAUUAGGCAAGCUACGGUGAUGGCAUUUUCUAUACUCACUUGCCUUUCCUUCCGAAAAUCCACCUCUAAUCAGGCUUUUGUCUCUACCACAUAUUGCCUGAAAUUGCUCUUUUCAAGGUCUCCAGGAGCCUCUGUCCUGCUGGAGAAGAUUGCUAGUUUUCGGUCCUCAUCUGACUCAACUUCUGAAUAUUUGGCCCAGUUGGUAACUCCCACUUUCUUGAAACGCUUUCCCCACUUGGCUUCUGAGAUGUAACAAUCUCUGUUUUUCACCUAAGACCCAAGGCUCAGUCUUUGUUGCUCCCUUUUCCAUCUGCAUUCACAUCCUGGUUGUUCUCUACCACGUGGCUUCAAACACCAUGUCUUACAUGCUGAGGAGUCACAGACUUACGUUUUGCACUCCAACUUCCCUGUGAGCUCCAGCCUGCAAUAGCAGCUGCCCUUUUGACAAUCCUGUGGAUGUCUAGUAAGCAUCUCAAACUUAUCAGAGCCAAAAAAGAAUUCUUGACUUUUCAUCCCCUCAAACCUAGACCUCCUUCAAUUUUUCCCAUCUCGUAAGGUCACCAGUUUUCACUCCAUUUCUUGGCCCCAGAUGUAGGAGUUGUUGAGUUCCCUAUAUCCCCCAUACUUGAUAUUCAUUCCAUAAACAAGUUUGUUAGGUCAGCUGCCAAAAUAAAUUCCCAGUGUGCCCAUGUUUCACCAUAUUCCCAUGACUAGCCCGAGGCCCCAGCACCUCUCCUGGACUGCUGGGUGUCCUCCCGCUGGUCUUUGUGUUCCCAUUCUUGCCCUUCUCUUGCCUACUCGCUAUGCAGCAGCCAGAGGAAUCUUUGAAAAUAUAAAACCAAGACCAUUUCAAUGAUUACUUAGAAAAAAAUACAAAGUGCCUUCUAUGGUCCAUGAGCUCUUCAAGAUCUGGCCCUCAUUUAUCUUCCUGACCUCAUCUUCCAUCACUCUCUCUUGCUCUCACUUCACUCAAACACUGACUUUCUUCCAGUUCCUCUACCACCCCAAGCUCAUUUCUUCCCUAGGACCCCUAUACAUAUUGUUCCCCUUCCCUAGAACAGUUUUCCUGUAGUCCUUUGCGUGAACCAUAUCAUUAGGAACUUAACUCAAAAAUAAUCUUAAAUCAGUCAGGACAGGCCUAUCUCAACAUACUUCAGGCCUAUGAUUAUCCCCUGUUCCCUAAAUUUGGUUCCCUUUACUUACAGUUUUAUUAUUUCUCUGUAUAUAUACUUGUUUGUUGUUGUUCUGUCAACUCUACUGUGAGUUGCAUAAAGGCCGAGGCUCUGUCUGUGUCAUUCAUCUUUUUAGUAAUGCCUGGUAUAUAGUGGGUACUCAUUGUAUUUUUGCAGAAUGAAUGAAUGGAUGAAUGACUAAAUACAGGGUAAAGGAUUUAGACUGGGCCUCCAUAUGCCAAGGACUAUGUUUAAAUCCUCUACUCUGCACUAAAGUUUGCCUUGCUCAGUUAGAUUCUUAGCAGUGAUCUUAGCCUGGUCUUUUACUUUUCUUGUUUAUUGUUUGAUAUUCAGGCAUAUUCUGAGUUUGUCUGAAAACGUGGGCUUUCUGAUAAGAGUCCUUUAUGUGAGAGGGUUGUAUGGGAAACUCUUCUUGGGUAAGGAUUUAAAAUAUUUUCACUGCUCAGGUUUGGAGAGACCUGGGUUUGUUUAAGAAGCUGGUGAUGUGGUCCAUUAGAACAAGAGAAGGCAUGUGACCCAAAAUAAAGCCUUAGGUUGCAAAGGGGAGUGGAUAUCCUGAGUAAUAACCAUGCCCUGACCAGAGCAGAAGACACAAAACCUAUUAUGCCCAGCAACCUUUGCGGAGGGAACAGUGGGAAUGGUCAGCUCCUGAGUAAAGGUGAUAGGAUUCCUAGAAAUGAGGACUUGAUGUGGUAAAGAACCUUUCUGGAUCUGGUGGAGCCAAGAGCUUGUAUAAAUUUGAUUUUACAGGAGAAGUGAGAAGUCAAAGGGUAAUGUUUUCCACUAGUAGAAAAAGCUGUUUGAGGACAUGAUGGAGUUAAUGAAGCAACUGCUCACAUUCAUUUCUGCUGACAUAUCCAAAACUGAUUUAUCUUAUCUUGAGUGUGGGAGCCGAAUGCCUUUAUGCGUACUCAGAGACACUUGAUCCACUGACCUGCAGGAGAAGCCCAGGAUUUUCUAGCUCGCUGCAGAAAAAUGAAGCCUCUGCUUGGGACCCUUUACCUCUUGGAGAUGCUGAUUUCUGGUGGGCUGGGAUAUGAUAGAUCCCAAGCACAACCCAGACGAGAGGUUGUGGAUGAGACAGUGAGUUGGGGGAGGAGCCUGGAGACCUAUUCCUAUACCAGGUAUCACCCCAUGGAUGAGAUCUAUCAGUGGAUGAGACAGAUAAAUGAGACGUACAGGGACGUGGUGACACAGCAUUUCCUAGGAAUGACCUAUGAGAACCAGCCCAUGUAUUAUUUGAAGAUCAGCCAACCAUCCAAUGAUACCAAGAAGAUCAUUUGGAUGGACUGUGGAAUUCAUGCCAGGGAAUGGAUUGCCCCAGCUUUUUGCCAAUGGUUUGUGAAAGAAAUUCUACAAAACUACAGAGACAAUCCCAGGAUAAGAAGGUUCCUUAGAAACCUGGAUUUCUAUGUGCUUCCAGUUCUUAACAUAGAUGGUUAUAUCUACAGUUGGACAACUGAUCGACUUUGGAGGAAAUCCCGCUCAUCCCAUAACAAUGGCACAUGUUUUGGGACAGAUCUCAAUCGAAAUUUCAAUGCGUCCUGGUGUAGUAUUGGCGCAUCUAAAAACUGCUCGGAUUUAACAUUCUGUGGGGCAGGACCGGCCUCUGAACCAGAGACCAAAGCUGUUUCCAGCUUUAUUGAGAGCAAGAAGGAGAACAUUGCGUGCUUCCUGACCAUGCAUUCAUAUGGGCAGCUCAUUCUCCUGCCUUAUGGCUACACUGAAAAUAAACCAAGUAAUCAUGAAGAACUGAUCCAAGUUGGACAGAAGGCAGCAAAUGCAUUGAAAGAAAAGCAUGGAACCAAUUAUAGAGUUGGAUCGAGUGCAGAUAUUUUAUAUGCCUCGUCAGGGUCUUCAAGAGACUGGGCUCGGGACAUUGGGAUUCCCUUCUCAUAUACCUUUGAACUGAGGGACAGCGGUACCUAUGGGUUUGUUUUGCCAGAAGCUCAGAUUCAGGACACCUGCGAGGAGACCAUGGCAGCUGUGCUCUCCGUCCUAGACGAUGUAUAUGAAAAAUAUUGGCAUUCAAACAGUGCUGGGAAGGUGACAUCUACCUCCGUGGUGCUGAGCCUGCUAAUAGCUUUGGUGUCUCCUCUCUGAGUGCAUCCGACCCAGUCUGCUCAGCCUCAGUGAGGUGGGUGCGGAGUGCAGGGAGAUGUUUGUCUGCAGCUGUGGUGGAAUCCAAUAAUUUAACUAAAAAUGCUUUCUGUUUCAAUAAAGGUGAAUCAUGUUCUCAUUUUAA